AUGCACCUUGCCACCUCCUCAAUAGUGGUAUUUUUUACAGCAGCGGCAUCAAUACUAGUAGGAAACAUAGUUCAUGCUGCAGCCAUUGCGGAGAAUGGUGGUGGCAGUGGUGGUGGUGGUGGUGCCAAAGUCGUUUUACCAUUGCAUCGCAGUGCCGGAUUUAGUCUUGAUACACCUACAGCCAUGAUGCGAGUCCAUGCACGUUACGCCAAUAUGUUGAAUGAAGAGAAUCCAGCAAUAGUAAAAUCGGGUUUACCUAAAGAUCCCAACGCAUACUCCAUUUUCCCGGUGACCAGCUAUGCUAUCGACGUCUCGUAUUAUGUACAAGUCGGCAUUGGUACUCCACCACAACACUUUAAGCUUAAUUUGGAUACUGGAUCGGCUGACUUGUAUGUUGAAUCGACCAUGUGUGAAUCAUGUGAGAAUGAUCAUAGCCACUUGUUUAAUCCAAGUAAAUCCCGUACAUACACACCAACAAAGGAAAAGUGGAGAAUCCGUUAUGGAGAUGGAUCUACAGCCAACGGAAUUAUCGGCAUUGAUCGGCUGCAGCUGGGAAAACUCGAGGUGGAGAGUCAAAUGAUUGAAUUGGCUGUUGAUCAAUCAGAGGAUUUGACACAAGGACCUGGUGAAGGCAUACUUGGGUUGGCGUUUUCUGGAGCAGCCAGCGUAAAGAGUAUCAAAACACCCAUGGAUAACUUGGUUGCCCAAAACCGAUUACAAGAACCUGUAUUUAGUUUGUACCUUGGAAACAAAAAGCAUGGACAGGAUGGUGCAUUAGAGUUUAUCUUUGGUGGUUACAACGCCGAUUAUGUGGAUGGCCCAUUCUCUAGUAUACCAGUGAAUAAGUCUCUAGGCUAUUGGAGUAUUGAUGUGCCUUCGAUACAAAUCGGUGAUACGACAAUUACUCGAAACGUCCAAGCAAUCAUUGAUACAGGAACAACGCUCAUCAUCUUUCCGAAAAAGUUGAUGGAAUGGGUGGCUUUAUUCUAUGGUGCAGAACGUCAAGAAAAUGGAAUACUAUACAAGAUUGAUUGUGAUCUAUCCCGGCUACCUUCCCUGACAUUUAAUAUGGGGAAUGGAUUGGUAUUCACGCUUCCUCCUGAAUUACUCAUUUACCGCAAAGACGACGAUAGCAACUGCCAGGCAUCCUUUACCUCCAUGGAACAUGACUUUUUAAUUCUUGGCGAUAUCUUUCUCAAGCAAUAUUAUACCGUGUUUGAUUACCAAAAACCCGAGAUCCGCAUUGCCAAUCUCAAACAGUAA